CGGCAGGCACCGGGCCCAGUCAACCGAACGCGCACCACCACCGUGUACGUGUACACCGUACACACUCCGUGUGGAUAUCACAUUAUAUCUUAUAAUAAGGUAACUGUAUUAUUGUAUAUGAAAAACGUCAUAUCGUACUCGGAUAAGUUAGUUUAUUAAUAAAAAAUAAGGUUAUAUUUUCCUCUCGCGUGCUCGCGCAACGUCGAAGAAUUCCAUUUCAAGUCCUAUAUUGAAUCUCAUACAUUAUUAAAAUGGGAGUACAAAUGAGAACCAAGACCGAAGAGACGGCUGAGCCUCUGAUCGAAAAUAACAACAAGGAAAGCGUGGAAGAACCCCUGAAGCCACAACCUCCACAAAAACGUGAAAUAUUGUGGGCCACAGCUAUAUAUUUAACCACUUGGCACGUGUUAGCUGUUAUCUGUACGAUACUUUACUGGAAGAAUGUCAAAAUGGCUACCAUCUUAUGGAGUCUCCUUGUUGGAUUCAUUGGACAAUUUGGCGUAACAGCUGGUGUGCACAGAUUUUACACUCACAGAUCGUACAAAGCCAAGGUUCCUUUGCAAAUCAUCCUUCUGGCUUGCUAUUCAGUUGCAGGACAGUACAGAGUAACAGAUUGGGUUCAUGACCACAGAUUGCAUCAUAAGUUUAGUGACACUGAUGGUGAUCCCCAUAAUGCUAACCGAGGAUUGUUCUUCUCUCAUAUUGGUUGGUUGAUGCAACGUGGACACCCAGAAGUAUUCCGUCGUAGCAAAACCAUUGAUAUGACUGAUAUAAAUAAUGAUCCCUUAGUGCAGUUUCAUACAAAAUAUUACUGGUUUUUCAAAAUUACCUUUUGUUUUAUAUUACCUGUACUUGUACCAAUAUUUUGUUGGAAUGAAAGCUGGAUGGAAGCCAUUGGAAUUAGUGGAGUAUUGCGAUUUGUGAUUUUCACCAAUAUGACAUUUUCAAUCAAUAGCUUGGCUCACUUUUGGGGAACAAAACCAUAUGACACGCGCAUAAGACCUGUACAGAACAUGGCUUUGGCUAUAUUAACUACUGGUGAAGGCUGGCAUAACUAUCACCACGCAUUCCCAUGGGACUAUAGAGCAGAGGAAUAUGGUGGAAACAUGACUAACCCAACUACUAUGUUAUUGGAUAUGUUUGCCAAAAUUGGAUGGGCUUAUGACUGCAAGACACCAUCAGCAGAUCUCGUCAGACAAGUGGCUAACAAGCACGGAGAUGGAAGUUGGAGUGAAGUACCAGCUGAAUGCAAAUAGAUUAUUAUCAACACUAAUGCAUUUUUCUAAAUAAUUAUAUAAGACUUCAUAAACUUUUAAA